AUGGCCUUUGUCCAGCCCGGCUGCCCGGCUAGGUUCGCCUACCAGAAUGAGCAUCGUGUCAAAGGGCUCAACGCAGAAACCCUAGCGAGGGUCUUCCUUCCCACGCCCUCAUGGCUGUCGACUCCGGAGUAUGCAGCAAUCCGGUCAGAUACUGGCAAUCCAUCGACCUGCAUCUUCUUCAGCCUUAAUAUUUCCAUAUACAACCAACAGAUAAUCUCCUCGGAAUGGACCGAGCAAUGGUUCUUCAUGGUCGGCCGUGUUCAUCCCUUUGCCCUGACGUGGGAAAUCGAGCGACUCCGCGAUCACAGCUACCAACCAAUUGUCACUCGCACCCUCAGCUCGGUGGAUACUUUCCCAACGAUACAACCCAUUGUCUCCUUCACGGGACCUGUCAUCGGCUCCGGCCGCGACCUCCUGCAUGGAAACUCGGCUGCGGCCCUUGACGACACCCAGCUGAGCUGCUGCGGCUUUGUCCAGCUCUCCACCUUUAUUUGUCCUGGGAUUCCCGGCAAACCCCUUCAAGGGCUUUCACCCUUCCAAGUUUUCGUCAUCUUCCCCAUUCACGCUAAUCCUUGGACCUCCCUAUGCAAGAAGAUGACCGAGAGGCGCGACAGCCAGUUCCAGUCGAACGCUCUCUUCACCUGUACGGGCAAAAUCGCCGGCUUACUGGAUCACCAGAUCAUGAAACAUGCCCCGGCUUUCGACCAAGACUAUAUCUUCAUCGUCGUCCCCGACACGUGGACUUUCCACGACAAGGCCAUGUCCGACCAGGCUUCUGCAACACAACUACUGCCGACGACACCCAAGAGCGCGGUCGGCAAUCCCUCGGACUAUAGCGUUGCGUUGGCCAGGUUUACCUCUACGAAGAAACCCAAGGCCGCCCAAAGCCCCACCUCCCCCACGCCGCAUGCUUCUGGCCCAGUUGAUCCCCUUAUGCUGGCAUCAAAGACGGACACCGAACAGGUCAAUCACCAAGACACAUCCGCCUCUGGCUCUAUCAGACCUCCCGCGUCGAUAUCUUCCCGACCACUGCGCGCCCGACGUCCGCCCAAGAAUAUUCUCUGA